CGGGAACAAUGACAGGGACGAAGAGGAACACGGAAUUAGGAAAGGGGAAGACGAAGAAUAUGUAAUGCAAUAAUAAACGUUACAAAAACAAAAGAAAAAACCCAAGUCUUCUCUUCUCUUCGAUCCCUUCGAUUGGAAGUUCCCAAAGCCACUCUGCAACGAGGCCCGAGACCGAUUAAGACAGAAAACCGAAAGAGAUCUGUGCCUCCGCUUCGACAUAUACAUUGGAAUUGCAUCAAAGGAUUGGUAUUUGAAGCAUAUGCAUGGAUUUGUAGAAAUUCAUUUUGGGUUUUGUGAAUUUGGGUGUCUGAAUGGGAGGCGGCUUUCUUAGAAUUCGGGGGUUGGAGUUUAUUCUUCGUUGUGGCACUCUUUGCUGACCGCUAUUCUGAGAGUCAAGGGUGAGUGUGAGAGUGCGAGUAGCAGUUUUUUGCAUAAAAUGGCUGAUAUAGCUGGUUUAGCUGAGGCUGCAGGAUCAAGAUUUGGUUCAUUGGAACUAAUUGGGAGAGGAUCGUUUGGUGAUGUCUACAAAGGGUUUGACAAGGAGCUUAACAAAGAAGUUGCCAUUAAAGUAAUUGAUUUGGAAGAGUCAGAGGACGAGAUUGAGGACAUCCAGAAGGAAAUUUCUGUGUUGUCACAAUGUCGAUCUCCUUAUAUUACAGAGUAUUAUGGUUCCUAUCUCAACCAGACCAAAUUGUGGAUAAUAAUGGAGUACAUGGCUGGUGGUUCGGUUGCUGACCUACUUCAGUCAGGUCCACCAUUGGAUGAAAUGUCAAUUGGUUGCAUUCUUCGUGACUUGUUGCAUGCAGUUGAGUAUUUACAUAAUGAAGGGAAAAUUCACAGAGACAUUAAAGCGGCAAACAUUUUAUUGACUGAGAAUGGUGAUGUUAAGGUUGCGGAUUUUGGUGUUUCUGCACAAUUAACCAGGACAAUAUCAAGGAGGAAGACAUUUGUUGGAACACCAUUUUGGAUGGCACCAGAGGUAAUUCAGAAUUCAGAAGGAUACAAUGAGAAGGCAGAUAUCUGGUCUCUAGGGAUCACUGCUAUAGAGAUGGCAAAAGGGGAACCUCCACUAGCUGAUCUUCACCCAAUGCGUGUUCUGUUCAUUAUACCUCGAGAAAAUCCACCUCAGUUGGAUGAGCAUUUUUCUCGUCCUAUGAAAGAGUUUGUUUCAUUUUGCUUAAAGAAGGUACCUGCUGAGCGACCAAGUGCCAAGGAACUUCUGAAGCACCGAUUUAUUAGGAAUGCAAGGAAGAGUCCAAGGCUUCUAGAGAGAAUAAGAGAGCGUCCAAAGUACCAAGUCAGGGAAGAUGCAGAUACCAUAGGAAAUGGUCCUAAAGCUAUAGGGGAUACAUCUGAUACUGUGAAGGUUACACGAAAUUUAAUGGAAGAUACUGUUCGAACUAGUAAUCAUGGUAAAACCUUGAAAAAUGCUGGAUGGGAUUUCAGCAUUAGUGGGACACAAAAUACGGGUACUGUAAGAAAUGUUGUAAAACCACCUCCGAUUAGAGAAAGAAAGCUAGAUCUUCUAUAUAAUCAGGCCAGCCCUGGGAAACUUUCAGAGAGUGGAAAUCAAGGGUUGCCUGCAUCUAGAAGUACAUAUGAAGAUUAUUUUGGGAAAGAUUCUAGAGAUCAGGAAUCCAGUUACGAGGAUGAAAUGUCUGUGAGUGGGUCAGGAACUGUUGUUAUACGAACUCCAAAGAGUUCUCAGUCAUCUGCACAUUUUCAUGAUCCCAACUCUUCGUCUAGCAGCACAUAUGCUUCUUUUGAAGAUGCUUCUCCUAGUGGAACUGUUGUAUUCCGCAACCAGCAUGAUGAUGACUCUCCACGGACUCCCAGAUCUAGGCUCGGAAUUCAAGAGAGAACUUCAACUGCCUCACUUGAAGACAGUGUUACAAAUCUUGCAGAGGCAAAGGCUGCAAUACAAGGAGGGGUCAAGAAAGGGAAUGUUAGAGAAAGGUUUGCUUUAGGAAAAUUCAAUAAUGAUAUAGAAAACAAACGGGAGCACAUGACAAAUAGCUCUGAUUCUUCCAGAAAUUCACAUGGUCAUUUUGAUUCACCAAAAGCAAUUUCUAAAUCUCGCCAAGAAAGUGAUGAUGAAGAAAAUGCAAAAAUUGUAUCAUCCUCUGCACCAUUGGCAGUAUUGCUUAUGCCUGCCUUAAAAGAGGUCAUUGCUGAUGAUUCGGAAGGGCCCACUGUGCAUGCAGUUGCGAAUUCUCUCAUCAAUAUGGAACGCUUGAAACCAGGAUCUUGUGAAGUUCUCAUCAGCCGGUUGCUUCAGCGGUUGUCAAGUUCAAAGGAAUCCUCACUGAAAGAUCUGCAUGAGCUGGCGUCUCACCUAUUUACAGCUGAAAAGACAGCUUCUGAAGAAACACAAAACACAACUGCAGAAGCUGAGAACAAGAAAAAACAGCAGAACAAGGAAAUUCAUUCAAAUGCAAAUUUAAGCUCGCUUGCUAGAUUUUUGCUCUCAAGAUGGCAAGGCCAAGUUUCAAGAGAUCUCAACCCAACUUAAAUGAGCUUGGAACAGUGUCAUUCGAUAUUUAGCACCAUCGUCUUUUGUGCUAUUAUUAUUAUUUUUUAUUUUCCCUUUCUGAUUCAAUGUACAUAACAAUUGUUAGAAAUUGUGUAGUUAUUGUUUGAUUGUUAUUAUUAUUUUUUUGUUGCAACUUUUCUAUCUUAACAAUUUUUGGGGGGUUUUAAGGUGGCAAUAUCGCUGUAUAAAUUGGAGGGAUUUGCUAUAAUUACAUUGUUAAGAUUAGAAUUUUACUAAAGAUUUAAUAAUUUUGUUGUUUGAAUUCACUGGAGAGUGGAGAUUCAAUUUUAUCUUAUUUUGACACCA